AUGGCGGACAAGGAGAAGAAGAAGAAGGAGAGCAUCUUGGACCUAUCUAAGUACAUCGACAAGACCAUCCACGUGAAGUUCCAGGGAGGCCGGGAGGCCAGUGGAAUCUUAAAAGGAUUUGACCCUUUGCUCAAUCUGGUACUUGAUGGCACCAUUGAAUGUAUGAGAGAUCCUGAUGACCAGUACAAGCUCACUGAAGACACUGGUCAGCUGGGGCUCAUGGUCUGCAGAGGUACCUCAGUAGUACUGAUUUGUCCUCAGGAUGGCAUGGAGGCCAUUCCAAACCCUUUCAUCCAACAGCAGGAUGGAUAGCCCUAGGCUGUGUCCAGAUAUGCCUGGGGGCUUUGAAGCAGCUCUGUUGAAUAGGGCUUUGAGGUUUCAUUUCAGCAGGGAAAUAUCUUCCUUUUCCAAAAGGACUCAUUACAAUUUGC